GUUUGCGCGAGAUGCACGCAGGGGUGUCGUCGGCACAUGCGCGAGGUGCACACGGGGGAUUUGGCGCAUGCGCGUCGCGCCAUCCUCCCUUUCUGCUUCUCUCGUUGCAGCCGCCAUGGCGCUGUGAAGAAGCCUGCAACGAAAGGUGGCAAAAAAAAGAAGCAGGUCCUAAAGUUUACUUUGGACUGCACCCAUCCUGUUGAAGAUGGAAUCAUGGAUGCAGCCAACUUCGAGCAGUUCUUGCAGGAACGAAUCAAAGUGAAUGGAAAAGCUGGUAAUCUGGGUGGAGGUGUGGUGACCAUUGAGAGAAGCAAGAGCAAAAUCACCGUAACUUCAGAGGUGCCAUUUUCCAAGAGAUAUCUGAAGUACCUUACUAAGAAAUAUCUGAAGAAAAACAACUUGCGUGACUGGCUGCGUGUAGUUGCCAAUAGCAAGGAAAGCUAUGAAUUGCGAUACUUCCAGAUUAACCAGGAUGAAGAGGAGGAGGAGGAAGAGGAUUAAAUGCAUGUGGAUCUGGAAAUAUUUUGUACAUUAAAAUUCCUUCAAUAAACGUGGGGAAAAAAAUGUUAACUUUUCUGUGUUUUCCAAACUCUAGACAUCGGGAGCUCUUCCAGUUGUUCAGAUUACUUAAUGCUCACUCUAAAGCCUGCUUCUUCAUAUCUAUCUACUUCAUAGAUAAGGUUUACAGUUUGCAUUAUAAGGAUAAUGUUCAACUCCCACUAUCCCAACUUUCAGAAACUUUCUCAUUACUCUUAAUUCAGAGAAUUUGUUCAGAAAAUCUGAGGUUCCUCAUAAAGGGGAUAUUAAGUUUUCUCCUUUAAUUGGAGAAUAGAGAUUUCCUCUUCAUUAUAGUAACGCUCCAAGUACAGCAAUACUUAAUGGUCUCUUUUCAGAGGCUUUAUAGCUUGAUUAAAAUAUUCUAUGCUGAAAUUUGGUAAGCGACCUGGAAAAGAUCAUCACUGGAAUUAGGAUUUAUCCUGGGAUCUGAUACUUUUAAGGUAAGUAAAGCCUAGGCCUAAUAAUCUCUGGUGUUCAUCUAACUCAAUGGCCUUGCUUUGUUUUAAUAAAGUCCUUAGUUAUGGCAUAAUUUUUUUAGUUAUAGGGGUUGAGAUUUUCAAAGCUGACGAGAUUUUGCCACAGUUCUUCAUCUGAGUGGAGUUGUGUGGCUAAAUACCCUACGUGGCUUUGAAAAUUUUAGCCAGUAACUGCCUUUUUAUGUUGUCAGACUUAAAAAAAA